UGGGACCCUGGGAAUGGAGAAGGAGAAAGAUGUGACAACAGAAAGAACAAAAAGAAAGAGAAUCAAGGAAGAUCUCAGUGCCAGUUUUUACCCCUCGUCAGCUGUCCGGAAGUUUAUUGUCUUUGAGUUUUAGAUGGACUCAAGAAACCUUUUGCAUUUUCAUUAUUACUAAAGCUUUUAGCAAUGCUUAUGUUGACCUUUUUCCCUGCAGUAAUUACCUGCUCUUCACCUCCUCACAUUAGCAAUGGAAAACAUGACGGUGAAGGUGUAAAAACCUUUGCUUAUAACUCCACCGUGACUUACAGCUGUGACUCUGGCUUCCAGCUCGUUGGGAAUGGGAGCAUCCGCUGUACCAGUAUGGACAAAACAAAGGGAGUCUGGAGCAGAGCUGUGCCUGCGUGCAAAGAGAAAAAGCUACCUGUCAAACUUGGAGUAAAACAAAUGGAAAGGAGUCCUCCUCCCCAAAGUUCCCAACAAAAAGCCAUCCACCCAGCUAAGAAGAAGGCUUCGAAAUGGGAAAUGAAGCUCAGCCUUUAUAAAAAGUCACUCCAAAAUACCAUCUCUUACUCCCAUUCUUCUUCUUUCUCCAAGACACCAGUGUCCAGGAGCUGUGCUACCUCCCCAUUGAGAUUCGUUGUUCCUUUGUACAAAACCAAACCCUACCAUUCUCCUUGGACCAGCCAAGGAUCCAUGUGUCCUCCGAAGUACAUGGGCAUCUCUGGCAUCCUCCCCCAAGCUGGCUGCUUUGAGAACUUAAAACGGUCUCAAGUUGCAUCAUUUUGUGGAACGAGGUCAUGGGCAGCCCGGAGAAGCUGGAGGUGGCAGAAGUGUUGCUACAACAGAUUUCCUAUCCGGUGCAAAGGAUUCUUGUACCCAUAA